ACAACCUCAUUCCUCAUUUCUCAUUUGCUCAUUUUCAUUUCCCUAGUUUUUCCCCCAUUUCUAAAAGUGAGUGUUUUUCUAGUUGACGCUUGCUGUUUUUAGUGUCGUUUUAUAUUUAAAAAAAUUUAAAUAAUAUUAUGUGCAGAGUAUAGAACCGAAAAUACAUAUUUUCUACAUUUAUCGACGUGUAAAAUAAUAAAGCAAGUACAUCACAUUCACCAGCAAUGGCAACUAAAACGGGACGUGGGGCCUCGGUUUUCGAAGAUCUAUCAAAUGUGGAAUUCGAAACCAGCGAAGAUGUGGACGUUAUCGAUAAAUUCAAAAACAUGAACCUUAAAGAGGAACUUCUUCGAGGAAUCUUUGCAUAUGGUUUUGAGAAACCCUCCGCUAUUCAACAGCGAGCUAUUAAACCUAUUAUGAAGGGAAGAGAUGUCAUAGCACAAGCUCAGUCCGGAACUGGAAAAACUGCAACAUUUUCUAUUGCGAUUUUACAGUCUCUUGAUCUAACGAUGAGGGAAACUCAAGUUUUGUGCUUGUCUCCGACGAGAGAAUUGGCCGUACAGAUACAGAAAGUUAUUUUGGCCUUAGGGGAUUUUAUGAACGUGCAGUGCCAUGCCUGCAUAGGUGGCACAAAUCUUGGCGAAGACAUCCGAAAACUCGAUUACGGUCAGCAUGUCGUUAGUGGGACUCCUGGCAGAGUAUAUGAUAUGAUAAGAAGAAGGGCUCUUCGUACAAGAUCGGUGAAGAUGUUGGUAUUAGACGAAGCCGACGAAAUGUUGAAUAAGGGAUUCAAGGAACAAAUCUACGAUGUGUAUCGAUUUCUUCCUCCGUCCACACAAGUCGUUUUGAUAUCCGCUACUUUACCUCACGAAAUCCUGGAAAUUACUUCAAAGUUCAUGACCGAUCCGAUUCGCAUUUUAGUAAAACGUGACGAAUUGACCCUCGAAGGCAUAAAACAGUUCUUCGUCGCUGUUGAACGCGAAGAGUGGAAAUUCGACACGCUCUGCGACUUAUACGAUACACUAACCAUUACCCAAGCUGUCAUUUUCUGUAACACGAAGAGGAAAGUGGAUUGGUUGACCGAGAAGAUGCGUGAGAACAACUUCACGGUGAGCGCCAUGCACGGCGACAUGCCCCAGAAGGAACGUGACAAUAUCAUGAAGGAGUUCCGGUCUGGCCAGAGCAGGGUUCUCAUUACAACCGACGUGUGGGCGAGAGGUAUCGACGUCCAACAAGUCAGCUUGGUCAUAAAUUACGACCUUCCGAACAAUCGUGAGUUGUACAUUCACCGCAUCGGCAGGUCGGGACGUUUCGGGAGGAAAGGCGUCGCUAUUAAUUUCGUGAAAUCCGACGAUAUCAGGAUUUUGAGGGAUAUCGAGCAGUAUUAUUCGACGCAGAUCGAUGAGAUGCCGAUGAACGUUGCUGAUUUGAUAUAAAUUUCUUGUUUUGACUGUAUAAGUUCAAAAUUGUCUCAAUUUCAAUUUUUUAAAUUAUAUAUUGGGUAGGAAAUAGGUGUUUAAUUUAUUACGUCAGUUCAUAUCGCAAUACGCUGUAAGUGACUUGUAAAUGUAUUUUUUCUAAUACAAAAAGUUGAUUUAUGUAG